AUGGAAAAGGACGGAACGUCAAUACUCGAGUCAAUACGAUCACCAGGAUUCGAAUUAACGUCAUGCGUGGAUUAUUUGCGUCGUUUUCCUACCGAUAUUGGAAUUCAGCACAUUUUGGUGAAGAAGCUUCGGACAUACAAGUACGAGGAUGUCGAGUUUUUGAUUCCACAGUUGCUCCAGAUAUUGGUGUCUUUUGAGACUAACUCGAUGGCACUAGAGGAGUUUGUACUUGAUUAUUGUGAAAUUUAUCCUCAUUUCAGCCUAGUUGUCUUUUGGAACUUACAAGCGCUUGUGUUUGAACUAAAAGACAGUCCAAAUUCAUAUUCCUUUCAGAUCGUGAGAAAUAUCGUGAACAAGCUACAAAAUGUCUUAUUCAAUCCUCUCAUGCGGGUAACCGCAGAAUUUUACGAAAAUUUGCAACCAGCUCUUAUUCUUUGUGGUGCAAUUGCUGCUUCAUUAGGAUCUCCUAGGAUUCAUGAAUAUAUCAAGCCAUUGAUUUUAGCGCAAGCGAAACAGCGAAAAUCUUUUGUCUUUAAAUUGGCAAAUUUCCAAAAAUCCUUGACAAAGAAUUUGACUCUCAAAAACCAAAAGUCAGUCAAUGAAAUUAUAUCGACGCAUUCAGAUGAAGAGGAUUCACGCAUGAAUACAAAAGUGUCUGGAACUCAUACACGCCACUCAGAAUCUUUCGCGUCAGACAAAAGAACUUCUACCCAACUGAUGACUUCUGAAGAUUCUGGGGUCAACACAAGUGAUGAAGAGGAGCAGGAAUCUAUUCGAAUCAAGAAGAGGACAAACUUGAAAAAACUGAGAACUUCCGAAAGCAUUUUGUUAUUGCAAGAUAUGGAAACAAAGUUUGAUGUCGGUAAUAUCUUAAAAAAGUCAAAGCGCCCCUCAGUCCAACAGCAUAUAUCGCAUUCGAUGCCAAAUUUGAAUGACCCCGAAACCUCAAAUAAAAUUUUGGGAUCAUCGGAGCCUAAUUUGAUUAUCUCACGUCGUACGGACAUAAUUUCUCAAUCAAAAAGCUUGACUCUUGGAGAAAAAGCUGAUCCAGGGAGGCUAUUAAGGAUCAAUUAUUCCAAGAAUGUGACCGAGUUUAUUCUCGCAUUACAAAAUAUAUCUUUGAGAUUAUCUCAAUUACCCAAGGAGACGCGCUUGUCUGCUUUACGCGCAGAGUUAUCCAUCAUAAAUGACACUUUGCUCCCUUCGGAGAUUGAUAUACCCCAAUUACUUCCUAUCACAAGCUCCCGAAAUAAGUUUCAUAAAUUAUUGAAGCUUAGUGUGAAUGAGGCGUGUGUUUUGAAUUCGGCCGAAAGGGUUCCUUUCUUAAUGUUUGUUGAAUUUUUAAGUGAUGAACUAGACUUUAAUCCCUCAUCUCUUCCAAACCAAACUAUCUUGAAAGCUUUGAAAAGAAAAGGCAAAAAGACUUCAAAUCAUUUGCCAGAUGAAGUAGGAGUUCAAGAGACUGAAAUUGUUUCAGAAGGUUUGAUGCAAGUUGAGGCAGAUUUAAGUGAUCUAAAAAUCUCUUCGGCACAAUCAUCUAGCUACGAUCUUUCAUCACUAGGAGGAAGCUCUAAUAUUAGCUUUCUCAACAGAGAACCAGAGAAAAAUUUGAGUCAACUAGACACUCAAACUAAGAAAAGAGCAGAUCAAAUGCGGAUUGCUUCGCUCAUGUUACAGCAAUUAGAAAGUUCUGGACAGGCAACUUCAGAGCAAUCAAUUUCCAUAAAACAAAGAAUCGUGAAAUCUAUGAUCGCAUUACAGGAUCAAUUUGAAGGUAUUGAUUACGACACAUGCAACGAACUAAAGGGAGAUGACCCAAAUGCGGGCGAAAGGAAAUUGGAAAAUGACUUCAAACUUGCAGAGGAUUGGAAAGCAAAGAAGUCAAGGAUUCGUAAAUCGAGCCCCUAUGGACAUCUCCACAACUGGGAUUUGUGUUCUAUCAUAGCAAAAAAUGGUUCCGAUUUACCUCAGGAAGCUUUUGCAUGCCAGCUUAUUGCAGUAAUUUCUAACAUAUGGAAUCGGCGAGGACUUCUGACUUGGACAAAACGUAUGAAAAUUUUGAUCACGAGUGCAAAUACGGGCUUGGUGGAAACAAUCACCAAUGCUAUUUCAAUUCAUUCCAUCAAGAAAUCCUUGACAGAAAUUUCUAUUGCAGAGGGACAAAAUACCCGCAGAAGAAUCUUUACAUUAAAGGAUUACUUCAUAAAAUUGUUUGGCGGCCCUUCCACAGUAUCAUACAGAAGAGCGCAGGAAAAUUUUGCGAAAAGUCUCGCCUCAUACUCGAUAAUUUGCUACGUUCUCCAAAUUAAGGACCGUCACAAUGGCAAUAUCAUGCUUGAUAAUGAAGGGCACAUUAUCCACAUCGACUUUGGCUUUCUACUUUCCAAUUCACCUGGAAGUGUUGGUUUUGAAGCUGCCCCCUUCAAGCUCACGAUGGAGUAUGUGGACUUACUAGAUGGUGUUGAUAGUGCUUUAUUUGCAGACUUCAGAAAAAUUUGCAAAGAUUGUUUUUUGGCACUUCGUGAAGAAAGCGAACUGAUUAUUAACAUGGUUGAGAUUAUGCAAAAAGAGUCCUCUCUACCAUGUUUUAACAGUGGUGAAAAUACAAGUGUGUUACUCAAACAAAGGCUACAACUUCAUUUAGAUGUGACUGCAGCAACUGAUUUUGUUGAUAAUUCCUUGAUAGGUAAAAGUUUGGGAAAUAUGUAUACGCGAUUGUAUGAUCAAUUUCAAUUGAUCACGCAGGGAAUUUAUAAUUGA